AUGAAACAGUGCUGGUUUCUUCUCCUUCUGGCCAUUAACGGAUGUCUAAGCAACUCCAGUUCAGAAAAACCCCAUCCUUCCGCAGCGUUCCAUCUUCCUCUUGUGCUUGAAGCCAAUGGCCUUCCUCAUUGCGCUCAUUACUGUCUUUCCGAUCUUUAUCUAACUGCCGUCGAACUCUUCACAUUAAAGAAUCCCGUUAGGUCGUUUAAGGACCUUUGUAUAAAUUAUCAUAACGCAUCGCUCUGCAUCUUCUCACAAGAAGAUUGCGUUAAUGAAUUCACUUUCUCCUCAGUUUUCAGUGGUAUCCAUGAGCUAUGCAGUAUAAUGGAUGAAAAACUGGAGUCGCAUGCUGAUUGUCUCGAGAAUACGACGGCGAACAUUCUGCAAACUUGUGAUAGAACCUGUUACUUCGUUGAAUCUAUAACUGGGCUGUCCGAAAAUGAGAAGCAAUCGUUGUUGAAACCGUUCUACUUGGCUGAGAUACUUCUAAACAAGCUCGGACCUCGUGCCAGGAGUGCUAUUAAGAAACGACUUCCACAUGAAUGCCACUAUCUAAUCGACCUCCGUCAGCUCGAAAGAAUCACAUAUGGAAAACCACCGGAGGAACUGCCAGUGUACAGUAAGGAGAAGGAUGGCAAAGAAAUGUAUGAAAAUGACGUGUCAAGUGAGUGGUACUGGACAAUGCGCGGUAACAACACACUAGACUGA